CUCUGGGACUCUAGAACGAAGACGACAAAAGAUGACCCGCUCUAACAAAGACUUUGAGGUCUCGGUCGUUGGCGGCGGCAUUGGUGGUCUAUGCGCAACGCUGGGCCUUCUCCGAGCAGGCGUGCCCGUCCAGGUCUUUGAGGCAGCACCACAAUUUGCAGAGAUCGGCGCUGGAAUCUCGUUUGGAAAGAAUGCCAGCAACGCGCUGACCAAGCUCGGCUUCAAGGAGGAAUUCGACCGCGAGGCCACCAUUGUCCCCUCUGGCAUCUGGUUCGAGUGGAGGAACGGCAAGGGGGAUAAGCAGGAGCUCAUCGCGACGACCCAUUCGAAACCAGUGGGAAACUCAUCCGUACACCGAGCCAAGUUCCUUGACGCCCUCGUCAAGCAUGUUCCCAACGAAAUUGCCCAUUUUGGUAAGAGGCUCGCCCGCAUUGAGGAAGGCACGGGCGCCAACAACGCUCGCACUACGCUGCAUUUCGAGGAUGGUACCUCGCACGAGACUGACGUCGUGAUUGGCUACGAUGGCAUUCACUCCAAGGCCAGGAGUCAUCUGGACAAGGUUCGCGGCCGCAAAGAGUCCAAGCUGCAGUGGAGCGGCAGCUGGGCCUACCGAGGCCUCAUUCCGACCCAGAAGUUCAUCGAUGCCGUCGGGGGCGAGAUGGGCAAGUACUAUGCCGAGACGCCGCAGAUGUUCCUUGCAGAGGACAAUCACAUCCUCAUCUUCCCCAUCGACAAGAAUGAGACGGUCAACGUCGUCGCCUUUUCCACUGACAGAAGCAAGUGGCCCGAACGCCCGAAUCUCAAAGAGGGGGAGCCUUGGACGCAACCAUCGACAGCAGAAGACAUGAUCAAGGAGUUCCCUGGAUGGGGCAAGGACAUGGUCAGCAUCCUCAAGUGCAUCGAAAAGCCGAGCAAGUGGGCGCUCCAUCAGCUCAUCCCUUCGCUCGACUGCUUCGCGAAGGGCAAGGUCGCCGUGGCAGGCGAUGCCGCCCACGGAGGCACUCCACACCAAGGCGCCAUGGCAGGGCAGGCGAUCGAAGACGCCCUCUUCCUCUCUUGGCUCCUGGCUCACCCAGCGGUCAACUCAUCCAACGUCGAUCAGGCUCUGACGGUGUAUGACACGAUUCGUCGGCCUCGGGCGAACAAGGUCCUUGAAUCGAGUCUGGAAGCGGGCGAUGUUUAUGAAAUGCGGGGCGAAAGGACUGGGUCAGACUGGGUCAAGCUCAAGCAAGAACUCGAGACAAGGUUCGACUGGAUCUGGGAGCACAAUCAUGAUGAUGACUUUCCUGCUGCAGAGGAGGAGAUGCGUCGCAUUGGUCUUCUCAAGGCUUAGUUCGUCACUGCUGUUUUGCUUAGAUCUACUGCUGCUUUCUAUUCACACAAAUUCGUCAAUAAUAUGUGCACCUUCAUCGCUAAUUGAUAUCUAUCU